CUAUAUACACAUUAUACUCUAUACACACACACACUAUACACACACUAUACACACUUCACACACACUAUACACACACUAUACACACUUCACACACACUAUACACACACUAUACACACUAUAUACACAUUAUACUCUAUACACACUAUACACACAUUAUACUCUACCCUACACACACACUAUACACACACUAUACACACUUCACACACACUAUACACACACUAUACACACUUCACACACACUAUACACACAAUAUACACACUACAAACUAUACACACACUACAUGAUACACAAAAUAUAUAUCAUAUGCACAAUAUACACACUAUGCACACUAUACAUGAACAUGAUGUACAUGAUAUACACAUUAUACAAAGGUACAGUGUGUUCCAGGUGAAGGUGUGUGUGAGGUGAAGGAGGUGCUUGUUAAGUGUAGUUUCACUCGUCAGUAAUUGUGUUCAUGGAGUUGAGAUAUUCUAUAAAGACUCUUUGGCUUGCUGAAUAAAUACGACGUAAAAUCCCGAGGAGUUUGGUUCCGUAAGUGUCGAGUGAGAGGGGUUUGUGUUUUGGCUCGGUGAGAUCUGGAGCGGUUGUGGUGAGAGACGGAUAAAAACAUGAGAUUACUGGUUAACAUUAAUCAUCCUGCUCGCUGGAGUAGUGAAAGAAAACCAGAAAGUGUGGGAGAAAAUGCAGUUCAAGUAAUGCUUUUAAAUGAUACACACCUGACCUGACAAGAGACACGAACCAUCAUGAUUUAAAAAAAUUAAUUAUAUAAAUUUAUAUCUUCUUUUUUUUGUGCUAAGUUUGAGCUACAAUUAAAAUGAUUGAAAAAAAAUACUGGGAAAAAUAAAAAUUCUGUCACAGGUGGUUGCAUCAUAAAAAAAAAUAACACACACACCCCGUAUGAUUAGUGCUUUCUUUUUUUUAAUUAAUUAAUUUAUUUUAUUUUACCCCGAAGCGACUGCAGCGGAUGCGAAUCUACGCGGCCGAAGCUUUCUCUCCGAGCCGUACACGUAGCAGGCCGCUAGCUCCUGCUUUUUUUCACUCGAUAGAAUUCCUGAACGAAGUUCGGGAGCGAGGAGGAGAUUUCAAACACAAAGCCGGCUCUAUAAAGUGUGUAAGUGCAGCGGAGAUUGUUGAAUAUAAACAGGACAGCCGCGCCGUGUUUGGCCUAAACACUGGGCCGUGAGUCGCGUUUCCAUUGAAACAGCACACAGAUGGCACGGACAAGCUGCCAGCAGGAUUUUUGCAUGAACACAUAGAUAAAAACCUGUCAGGCAGUUGAUGGUUAAUAACCAAAUUUCUUUACCAAACAUAUUUUGUUUAGGCAAAGAGACAGGGUGCGCAGGCAGAGCGUCGGCCCUUUAAAUCCAUACGCGAGCAGGCAGGCGUUUCACCCCGCGUGAGAAAUGUAUCUUGGAUUCUAAUAGGGAAGUUGUGCGUUUGCCAAGGUGCAUGCGUGUCCUCAGCUAACCCCGGCACCCAUAUGGCGCUCAGCAGAGUCCACGUGAGGAUCGCUGCGAGUUUCUGGAGGGAAAAAUAUCUGGAAGUGGUUUGUAAAAGAGAGAUGAAAAAAUAAAACAGAGGGCGAUCGUGUGAAGGCUCGUUUCAUGCCUGGGAGAGAUGAAGUGAGCGCAGUGUGUUUCACCAGCACCAGCAACCUGUAGCAUCGUGACCCUGUGCCUCUCACAACCACACACACACACACCCAUACACACCCAUACACACACGCACGCACGGACAGACGGACGGACAACUACAACAGAGCGCCAGCCGACUGUUGCCGCCAUCAGCCGCAAAGGGGAUGACUGAGCGCGUUCACAACAUCAACCUACACAACUUCAGCAGCUCGGUACUGGAGACCCUGAACGAGCAGCGAAACCGCGGGCACUUCUGCGACGUGACGGUGCGCAUCCACGGCAGCAUGCUGCGCGCCCACCGCUGCGUGCUCGCCGCCGCCAGCCCCUUCUUCCAGGACAAGCUGCUGCUGGGCUACAGCGACAUCGAGGUGCCGGCGGUGGUCUCGGUGCAGUCGGUGCAGAAGCUUAUCGACUUCAUGUACAGCGGCGCGCUGCGCGUGGCCCACUCGGAGGCGCUGCAGAUCCUCACGGCCGCCAGCAUCCUGCAGAUCAAGACCGUCAUCGACGAGUGCACGCGCAUCGUCUCGCACGCCUCGGCCCAAGAGACGCCACGCGGUACACCCGACUCGGGAACCUCGGGCCCCGGGAGCGACGCGGAGCAGGGCCUGGAACGUGCCUACUCGUCCAUCUACUCCGGACUGGAGCUGCAGAACGGCACGCGGAGCGAGCGCCAGCACUACACCAGCAUUUCCAUCCCCGGGAACUUCGACCCCCUGCAGCAGAAGGAAGGCGUGCAGGACCCGUCGCUAUGGGUGAGCCGGCUGCAUGAUCGACAGCAGCAGUCGGAGCGUUUCCUGGGCUCGUCCGAGACCACGCACUGCCGCAAGCAGCCCCGCCCGGUCCGUCUGCACACGGCCGAGCAUGACGUGCGCAUCAAGCAGGAGAGGACAAGCGAGGAAACGUACGGCUGCUACGGAUUAGACGUGGAGGACGCCAACGGAGAGCCUAAAGGAGAGAGCUUCGACUCGGGCGUCAGCUCCUCCGUCGGCACGGAGAAUGACCCGUCGGAGCAGCACUUCAUGCCCGGGUUCGGGCGCGAGGGCGAGGCGGAGGUGGGAACGCCGGUGCACAUCGACGUGACCGACUCGUCCCCGGAGCAGAGCCAGGAGAUGGCCGAAGACAACAACAGCGGGGACGGACGAGAUGUCACGAUGGACCAGCCGCCGCUGUCCAACCCCGUGGUGCCCAGUUCCGUUCCCGGUGGCCAGCUUUACAUCCGCCCCUGCGACACCAUCGCCGCAAACCUGCGCAUGCCGCUGACGCUAGCCAGCAGCACCAACUCCUACCUGCCCACGCUGUUCGCCCCACAGCCUUCAGCCAACGAGAACAAGCCGUUCCUCUUCAGCCUGCCACAGACUGUCAGCUCCCAGCAGCCCCAGUUUGUGGCCGUGCCUCCACACAGCAUGGCACCGUUCCCCAGCGGCCUGAGCGGAGUGCCGGCCGCCAGCACGCAGCAACAACAGCAGCCCACUGCCCCCGGGGUGGUGCAGCAAGGCGAGAAGAAGCCGUACGCCUGCACCCUGUGCUGCAAAACCUUCACUGCCAAACAGAACUACGUCAAACACAUGUUCGUGCACACCGGUGAGAAGCCGCACCAGUGCAGCAUCUGCUGGCGCUCGUUCUCCCUGAAGGAUUACCUGAUCAAGCACAUGGUGACCCACACGGGCGUGCGCGCCUACCAGUGCAGCAUCUGCAACAAGCGCUUCACUCAGAAGAGCUCACUCAACGUGCACAUGCGCCUGCACCGCGGCGAGAAGUCCUACGAGUGCUACAUCUGCAAGAAGAAGUUCUCCCACAAGACCCUGCUGGAGAGACACAUGGCACUGCACAGCACCGCGUCCGGCGUCACCGGGGUCGUCACCGGGGUCACCGGGGUCGUCACCGGGGUCUCCGCCAGCAACCCGACGGGCCCCGCCUCCAUCCCGGUGCAGAUGGCUGUCCCCGAACCCGGCCCCGGAGUCGUGGCUCUGGCCAUGCCGGUGGGAGGAGGUGGAGCCGGAGGAGGAGUCAGCGGAACCGGAGUGGGCGUGGCCUCGGAGGCGAGCUGCCAGGAAGCGACGACCUACAUGUGCUCCGUGUGCCCGGUCAAGUUCGACCAAAUCGAGCACUUCAACGACCACAUGCGCAAGCACGUCUCUGACGGAUAAGUACGGAAAAAAAAUAUAUACCGAGAAAAAGUUUAAAAAAAAAAACUUUUUAAACAACAACAAAAAAAAAGAAUGAAAAGAAAAAUAAUGGCACUAGAUUUUUUUUUGUUUAUUUGUUUUCCCUAAAAUUGGGGGCAUGAAGAGUAAUGAGUAUAGACACUGGCACAUUGAGUUGAGUUUUCCCAGAAAACAAAUUUUUUUUUUUUUCGUCGUUUUUUGUCGUUAUUCUUAAAGAAUUAAAAAACCAUAGAUGGUGGCCUUAAGGCUGUGUAGUUGGCGAAUGAUCCACUGGCUGGAUCCAAACUACUGGCCUCUAAAUGUAUGAUUUCCUUACUGAUUUAUGUGUUGAACACUACCGAAAGGCCUGCGAAAGAUACACACACACACACACACACACUCUCUCACACUCACACACACUUCUAUAUACACACAGACUACUUAUACACUUACAUACCGUAGAGUGAGUCGUAUCGUAUGUGUGCGUAUGUGGCCGUGUGUGUGUGUGUGUGUGUGUGUGUGUGCGUGUGCAAAUCCGUGAAAUUUUUAAACCGUUUUCCCAUUUAGACCGUACUGGAUGCCGCGGCAUCCUGAUUACUGUGGUAAACCUUUACAAAAAAAAAAAAACAAUAUCUGGCUCGGAUUGGUUGAAAAGUGAAGGCGGUCACACGUUUGCCUUUUUUUCGUCAGAUCAGAAUUGACCACACUGGCUCUUAUUUAUUAAACGGAUUAAUCCAUGUGCUCGGGACGUCCAAUUGAGUCGUCGCAAGAAAAUAGAACGUUAAACUCCCUGUGUGAUGGUUUUUAAUCUUUAAUCUGUAUCCUUCCCCUGCCCAACACAUGCCCCGCCCCAUACCUCUGUCCCUGCCCCAUACCUCUCUCUCUCCACCCCGAAUCCUCUCUCCCCGCCCCUAUACCUCUCUCCCUGCCCCCAUGCCUCUCUCCCCGCCACCUAUACCUCUUUCCCCAUCCCCUAUGCCUCUGUCCCCACCCCCUAAUCCUCUCUCCCCGCCCCCUAUACCCCUCACCCCACCCCCUUCUCUGUUCCACCCUUCUACCCGUGAUCCCCUUCAGACGGCUGGAGUGCGGGUUACAGAGGGAGGGACAGGGUUUGAUGGAGUUUAUCAGUAUUUUGAGAAUCCGUGAUGCGAACACUGCCACUGAGAGACUGUUAUUAGACCUCUUCCUAAAAAAACAGACUAAAAAAACCAAACGAAAAUGGAUUUUUUUUUUUUAAAAAAAAAAAAAGAAAGAAGCCCUGGAACAACAGAGGGUUCUUUUUCUUCUUCUUCUCGAAAUUUUCUCAAAAAAAAAAAAAAAAAUUUCUCAUCGCUCCACGAUUGAAAAAUAAAUAAAAAACAGCUCCGGUAUGCAAAUGUGAGCGCAGUCGCGAGCGGGCGCGGUGUUAGCGGCUGCUCCACACACUCCCGCGUUCAGACUGUUACACCCCGACGCGGCGUGCCGAAGCUUUUCUCACUAUUCUCACUACUCCACCAGCCGCUGACGCCGAGCCAGUUAGCGACCCGGACACAAAUAACCCAAAGUCCCAAAAAUAAAGAAGGAAAAAAAGGAAAAAGAGUUUUAAAGGAGAAAAAAAAGGAAAAGACGAAGCUGCUUCCUGUUAGCGACGUCCGCCGUGACUCAGCUGUUUGGCCGGGUGGGGCGACUCAAGUGCACUACUCCUGAUCCCUAAGCCCCAUCUAGUGGCUCAAACGGCCCGGCGUGAGCUUUCUGUUUUUUCUUUUCUUUUCUUUUUGGCCAACAGGAAGCACAAACAGUGUGAGAAGGAAAAAGAGAUAGAUAAAGAGAGGACUAGCCGAAAAAAAAACACACCCCAUUCACUAUCUAGUGCACUUACUCUACUGGGAGCCAUUUUGUAAAGCAUUUUUGACAUGAAAUCCCACAAUGCACUGCAGCAGAACAGCGUACCCAUAAUGCAUCCUGCUUUGUAGGGAAGAAAUAAUAAUAAUAAUAAUAAUAAAAAACCCGGUCCUUCUUCUCUUUUCCUUCCUUUGUUCCUUUGUUCGUUUGUCUUUAGGAUCUGUUCCUGACUGAAGUGCACUACUUCUGAUCCCUAAGCCCCCUAUCUAGUGGCUCAAACACACCUCAGCUUACAGGACAGACAGACAGAGAGACAGACAAACAGACAGACAUGUCAAAAUCAGACUUUAUCUCCUUCCUAGUGCACUAUUUUAAAAUAAAAGAGAGAUGGAAUUUCAUCACACUCUCAUUCACUCUUGACUUCAAGUGUACUACUUUUGAUCCCUAAGCCCUGUGUUGUGGCGCACUGGAACAAAACGAUAGGAUUAAGAAAGACACAGAGAGAGAGAGAGAGAGAGAGAGAGAGAGAGGUGUCCAAAGCCACACCCUGUCUCUUGUCUCCUGCACUAUUUUAAGAGUCAUGGAAAAUUUUGUACUGCUAAAUUCCCACAAUGCACCUCUGUGGGUCGGUUAAAAAGAAAAUAAUUCCGUUCCUGGUGUUGAAGUGCACUUCUUCUGAGCCCUAAACCCUAUCUAGUGGCCCUGAGCUGAACACAGAGAGAAAGGGCGUGUCAGAAGCCACACCCAGUCUCCUGCUCUGUUUUCAGUGUCAUGGAAAAUUUUUACUCGUAAAUUCCCACAACGGCGUCUGAACUCGCCGCUACCGAUUACCCAUAAUGCACCUCUCUCUUUAUAAAUACUGAACAAACACAUAGAUUAUCGCAGCAGAAGAAAGGAAGUGCACUACACUUGAUCCCUAGUGAGCCAAAACCAUCCGGAGAGUAAAAGGGACAUGUCCCAAACCACACCCUGUCUCAUGACUUUUGCACUAUUUAUAAAGUCGUCAUUUCCCACAAUGCACUGCAGUCGGUUAGGCUCAAAGCCCAGCUGGUAUUGAGUACCCAUAAUGCACUCUGAUAUUUAUAAAGACUGAGAACUCUAAAUGAAAUCAAUCUGGUUGUUACAACACAAAUAAAUAAACCGCAGCCCGAAGUGCACUACCCACGAGCCCUAAACCCUAAUUAGUGGGGAAAAAGAGAGUGGAGAUGGAGAGAUUGAGACAUGUCCCAGCUUAGUCUAGUGCACUAUUUUAGGACGUCUGACCUAACAGACAGACAGACAGAGAGAGAGAAGGAGACGAGUCCAAAAUCUCACCCUGUUCACUACACAGUGCAGUUAUCUUUCCUUCAAACUACCCACAAUGCAUUGCAGCAGGUUGCCAGUUUGAGUCACUAGAUAACCACCACCCCCCCCACACACACACAUUAGAAAACGAUAAAUUAUUUUGUGUGUUUAAACACAGCCCUGUAUGUGAGUGUGUGUGUGUGUGUGUGUGUGUGACGAUGAGACGGAGGUCAUUUCAGCGUCGCUCCCCGGCUUCUGCCCCGCCCCUCGCCGCUCUUCACGUCCACAUGCCCACUGCGGUUUGUUUUUUUUGUUGUUCUUUUUUUUCCGUCGUGACAAAACGUACAAAAACAAAACAAAGCAAUUGUAAAAAUAAUAAGUUUAAUUUUUCCAAAAGAAUAAUAAGAUGUUGGUUUAUCGAGAAAUAAAAUAAAACACCAGAGUUACUUUGCACACUUUUAAACGCCUGUGCUUCGUAUGAAAUCGUUUGAGGGUUUUUUCCUGCUUUUUGUCGGUUUUAAAGGAAUUUUGUUUCUCUCUCUUUGUGUGUGUGUGUGUGUGUUUUGAGAAAAAGGACUGCAUCUUUUUUUUCUCACGUCUACGUUUUGCACUGCAGAAACCGAUAAGUGCACUACUGUUACCACAGAGGUUCUAGUUUUAAAGAGAAAGAAAAAAAUUAAGCGUUUUUUAUCUAAAUGAGUUGAGAGUUUUGUGUUCAGUCGCUUUGUUUCUUUCUCUUUUCGUUCCUUUGCUUUUCCUUUUUUUUUUACAAGAUGAUGAUGAUGAUGAUUAAUGUUUUGCGAUUUUGUUAUUAGCACUCGCUAGAGUAUUCACUUGUGCUGUGUUUGUUUUGGUGGUUGUGUGUUUUUUGUUUAUUUUUUUAUUUCUUCUUCUUCUUCCUAUUUAAAUCCGAACCAUGGUGUGUGUUUAAGAGAGAGAGGGUGUGUGUGUGUGUGUGUGUGUGUGUGUGGUUUUGUUUUAAAAUCUCUCUGCAUUGCCCCACCAGCAGUCUCGUACGCUGAAACACACACACACACGCACGGCAAGCAUUCGUACCAAACAAAACAUCUGAAAAACAAAACUUGUGUGUGUGUGUGUGUUGUGAAUAUAAAUUGUAUUGUAGAGGCAGUUGUGUUGUUGGUUGUGCAGCUUUUCAUUGUGUUGUGCACAGAUUGUGUGUGUGUGUGUGAGAGAGAGAGACACAGAGAGAGAGAGAGAGAGAGAGAGAGAGAGAUGCCUGAACUGCAGGGCUUCCUUUGCAAUGUGCAGUGCAGGUACUCUGUGUGUGUGUGUGUGUGUGUGUGUGUCUCAUCCGCCAGCACAGUUUCACAACUUCACAAGAACAAUCACAGCAAAUUAAAUAAAUAACACACACCCCCAGAGCGCAGCGCAGCGUCAGGCCUCGGUCCACUUCCUCACACACACACACACACAUGCAGGAGAUGAUGGACUUUAUUAUCAAACAGGAAGUCGUGUCCAGUCGUGAGAGAGAGAGACACUUAGGCAUGUGCCGAUGUUUUAUUCUAAUUUCAUCAUCAUGCAGUAUUAAUGGGUUUGAACACACAGCUGUGUGUGUGUGUGUGUGGAGUGUGGAACCUUCAGGAAGGUUGGACUGAUGUCAUUUCCUGUUGCAGUGAGAUUACAUCAGCCCAGAGCUCAGUGUGCUUUAAUUAGACACGUACAGCGAGGAGGAGAGACGAAGCCCUUCACCUUCACCAGAGCCUUCUGGGUUUUAGCCACGCCCCCUUUUUAGGGGGGAAAAGGGCAUCAGACGUGAAAUGCGUUUUAGACAGCGCUCGCAUUUACUGCGCUCUGAUUUUACAUCGAGAUCACAGAUCCUCAGCUCCGUCAGCCAAUAGAAACGAAGUAGGCGGGGCUUGAGUCUGGUCAGUAACCCGAUUGGACGAAAUAUUAUUAUUAUUUAAAUGAUGUCACUCAGAUUAAAUGACAUUAAGUUUCUCUUCAGUGAUGUUAAAACCUGAAGCUGUUAAAAUACUAUUAACUCAAAUAAACAAAGCUUUAGAAAAAAUGAAUCAAAUAUCGAUCACAGAUUAAGCCACGAUUUUAUUCCAAAUUGAAGUGAAUUUAUUAGCAUAAAUUUGCAUAAAUAUGUUUAGUAAUUUAAGCAGUAAAUUAUAUUGUACUGUGUUGAUCACGACACACAGAGAUGAGGUCAGUUAGUCAUACCUUAAAAUCCUGUCGUUCACCUGAGCAGCACCUCACACCUGUACACACGUCACCUCACACACACAUCACAGAGCCAAUCAUCGGCACAUGUCCGAGUCAUGUCCGAGUCUCUCUCUGACUCUCCAGCACCCGAAUCUCCUGCUGUUUGUUGACAGAUCAUAAGAACACACUCCUGAGUUUGGGAACGUGGAUCAUUUCUGCCUGCGUCUGUGAUUCAGUAAUCAUUUACACCAUUAGACUCUGUGAAUGAAUCAAAAGCUGAGUGAAUCAUUUGAGUGAUUCACUUCAGGCUUGGUGAUUCAUUUUGUGAUUCACUUCAGGCUUGGUGAUUCAUUUUGUGAUUCACUUUAAGCGAAUCGACGAGAUCGGGAGCGAGGACUCGUUUAUGUGUUCAGUGAGGAUUAGUAGACGAGCUGCACGUCAUCCUAAGAAUUCAUUCAGUAAUUGAAACACCGUGACGGUGAAUGCGUUUAGUCGGCCAUCUUGUUCGUGCCCUUAAAAAAAACAGCCUUAAUGCCGUUUAACACAACCAAAAUGCACUACAGCGCACAACGGUGCUCUCGCAAUACAGCCGUGCAAAACAUCUGUUAUUCACACACACACACACUCAUAUACUCUAAUUCACGCACACACUCAUAUACUCUCUCACUCUCACACAAACACACACUCACAUAGUCUCUCUCACACACACACACACUCACACAGACACUCACACACACACUCUCUCACACAAACACACACACUCACAUAGUCUCUCUCACACACACACACACUCACACAGACACUCUCACACACACACACACUCACACAGACACUCACACACACACUCUCUCACACAAACACACACACUCACAUAGUCUCUCUCACACACACACACACUCACACAGACACUCUCACACACACUCACACAGACACUCUCACACACACACUCUCUCACACAAACAUACACACUCACAUAGUCUCUCUCACACACACACACACUCACACAGACACUCUCUCACACACACUCACAUAGUCUCUCACACACACACACACUCACACAGACACUCUCACACACACAUUCAGAUCUUUGUGCUUUUCUCAGUACACUUCUAUAUAUCUGCGCCGUUCAGUUUUUUUAUCUAUAAUCACCUUCUCGUGUUAUCGCCGUGGUUACGGCUCCGCGUGACUCUUUACCUUCAUGUAUUUAAAGAAAAAAGGAAAUAAAAAAAAAGGAAUGUAUACAUAUAUACAUCUAUAUCUAUAUCUAUCUUUUCACCUGGUGUGUGUUUUUUCCAGAUUCUACACACACACACACACACACCCAGUCAGAUCUACACCCAAACACAGCGUCCUUCUCCAGAACAAACGCAGCCGGACCAUCGCUUAGUGCUACGACUCCGAGGCUAACGUAGCUAACACAGCUAACACGUAAUGGAAGCUUAUAGCCACUAGAUUAACCUCACACACACACACCCCCUCACACAUACACACACACACACACCCUCACACAUACACACACACACACCCUCACACACAUCCUCACACACGCUCACACACACACACUCUUUCAUACACACACCUUUACAGACACCCUAACACACAUCCUCCUACACACACACACACACUCUCACACACACACACCUCAUUUAGUCUAAAACACAAUCUGUAAAUUAAAUGCGUAGAACUUUCUUAUCAUCCGAAUCGAUUCUAAUGCACAUCUCUGCCUUUUAGGUAUAGGCCACGCCCCCAACACCUUCUUAGCUUCUUAGCUUCACGUCCGCGCGUCUGCCUGAGAUCACCCGAGGCUAACGCGGAGGACAUACGCUUCCGUUUCUGUUAGCAAACAAACCUCACACUGCGUUUGUUCUAAAGCAGACGAUCCGUUUGGGGUUUUAUUUUUUUCUCUUUUUUUACACAAUAUUUUUUACACAAAGAUUUUCUGCAUGUAAUACAGUUUUUUGGGGGUUUUUAUUUUCACAUUUACUCAUUUAUGCACACACACACACACACUCUGCUCUCGUUUUUAUCCUAUUCAGUGUAUAGUUACAGGAUCUUACGCUUUCAGUUCUGCUAAUACAGUAAGUGUGUGUGUGUGUGUGUGUGUUGGGUUUUGUUCUUUAUGUUUUUUACACUUUUUCUAGCUGAUAGUUUUGUUUUCUUUUGGGCACAGAAAUAAUAUGUAACUUCACACCGCCUUUAUCCGCUGGUACAAAACAAUAUCUCUACUUUCUUUCUUUUCUUUCUUUCGUUCUUUCUUUUCUUUUCUUUCUUUCAUGUCACAUCACGCUGGUAUGAUUCAUGUUCUCCUGCACACAUAUCCGAAAAUCCGACAACGUUAUUCAGAGCCACUGCCGAGAAGUGCGAGUGUCUCAACAGUUUUAAUUCCCCACACCGAUCAGUUUAACCCCUUCAGACCUGCUCCAGAAUUAUUAUUAUUAUUAUUAUUAUUAUUAUUAUUAUUAUUAUUUGUGUAAACAUGUGUACAUAUAUACAGAUAUAAAAAAAACACGUUUUCAUGUAUUUAAAAAAAAAAUAACACGUUUUUUCUCUACUAUUUUUCUUCUUCUCUUCUGAUUAGCAUCGUCCCACGUUUCACACCAAGUGCUAAAAAAAUAAAAUAAAAUCUAGACUCUGAUUGGUUGUCCGGGUUACAUGCCCCUCCCACCACAAAUAAACAAGCAACCAAUCAGGGUCUGAAGGGGUUAAAAGACUCACCAAUACCCCAGAACUACACACACACACUCACACACACACCCCCACACACACACACAAUGCUGUACAUACAAUAAAACAAGCAACGAUUUUUUGGUUUUUAUUUUUAUUAUUUUUUUUGGUCAAAAACGUAUUUAAUAACAAAGUGCCUCUUUGUAUAGCUCCAAGCUUGAAACUCUAAUCUCACUGUCACCCAGAACACCAUGUGCUAUAAUAUUAAUCAUAAUAAUCAUAAUAACUGUACAGUAUUCAUCCACUAGCAAACUUAAUCACUGCCUAAAAAAACAAUCCCAAGUGAAGUUUAAAGUAUUGAUUACCAGCAAUAAUUAAAUACAGAUCAAAUAAAAAUAAAAAAAAUACAAAACAUUUUUAAGAGAAUAAUAAACCCCUCCGUGGUUUUGCCUUCGACGACGUCAGCACCGUGAGUAAGGGUGUGUGUCCUGUAACCCUGAAACCACCAAAAUAACACCGCUUUUAUAUUCAAGAUCUAUGUCCAAAGUGCCCCGGUCUACUGUUUAUAAUCACACACACACACACACACACACACAGACAAAAAAAAAUGACUUGUCAAGCCUUUUUUUGGAAUAUUUCACGUGAUUUCUUCUGCUUUACAACGUCAGCACUUAGACUUUAACCUUUAGUUCGUCUCUGUAGAGGAAGUGUGUGAGUGUGUGUGUGUUGUGUGUGUGUGUGUGUUGUGUGUGGAAUAUUGUGAGUAGAGAAGUGCCGAUAAUCAUUGCGAUGUUUUAUGCUGUGGAAUAUUUAGUGUAGUGAACGUUUUUUGCCGUGUUGCGCUUCGAUGUUUUAAACGGUGUGAUCGAAACUAGACACGGGAAUCUGGCGCUAACGUCGGAGGAAACGAUGGCGUUUACAGGAUCCACGGCGAUUCUGCAAUUCGUUUGAAAAUGUUUAUUUUUCAGUGUGAAAUCCCGGUACUCCGUCAGUAUUUAUCACGUCAGAAAAGACGCCACAUUUGAUUCUGGAUAAAACAAACGCACAGCCAGCAGCGCCGUGUAUUUAUCACGGAAAAUAAAAAAAACACACACGUACGUUUUCUCCCUGGUUUUUCAGUCGUGGCCGAUUCGCCCACCAGCCAGCUCUCCGUCACAGAGAGAGAUGAAGGCUAACACGUGCUUCCUAACGUGAAGUCAGCCAUCUUUAACUACUGCUGCAUCACAGGGCAGCGUGACGGCGCAGUCUGCCCUCUUCCACAUACAUGAGCUCACACAGCUGGCUAGCAUCGCUGUGAUGGACAGCAGAGAAAGAGAGAACGGUCAGAAACAUGAACAAGUGACGUGAUUAUCUGAUCCUACGCACGUGACACAGUGACACACCCACAUUCACGUCUCUGUGUCAGACAGAGCCGUCAGAGAUUUCCUUCAUCAAUUAAACGUCACGGUUUUACCGAACUACUCCAGUCACGUGAACCUCGGGAACCGUAUCGAGGCGUCGUCACGUCACGUCACGCGGCUGAUUUAAGUCACGUCUGCUUUAUUCAUCCACUUUCAUUCACUUCAACAUCCGUAUAUAUAUUUACAGCGAUAAUGAUAUCAAUCCAAAGAGGAAACACACACAAACACGCAUGUGUACACACGCACACACACACGCACGUGUACACACCUUAUUUAUAAUCACAAAUCUUUAUUCUACACGUGAGACAGUAUACAGAGAGAUGGAUGGACUAACAGAAGAACAGAUAUUUAUGAAAAUACAGAAGCAGAUUAUUCUUCGUUUAUCAGAGCGGAUAAUAGUGCAGUAGGAGCUUGCGUAUGAAAUUAGCACACACACACACAGGUGCGUGCUGAUGCGAGCGGGUUUUUUUUGGGAGUGGAGGAGAAACACACACACACACAAGGCUUCAGAACAAAAAUAAAACUUAACUUAAAAACUGGAGAUUUAUUUCUGAUAUUUUUUUACGCUGCUGUUUUUACUGAACCCUUAUUAGGAGGCUGUUCACGUGACUCCGCCCACUUCUUCUGGGAUUUAAUUCGGUAUUAGGAGGCUUUUCACGUGACUCCGCCCACUUCUCCUGGGAUUUAAUUCGGUAUUAGGAGGCUGUUCACAUGAAUCCACCCACUUCUCCUGGGAUUUAAUUUCCUCAGCAGUUUCAGGAAGUCACUUUUCCCUCAACGUGAACAACUUUAUUAAAUCUUUAUUUUAUUUUAUUUUAUUUUUGAGAUCAGUGAGUUUCUAAUAAUUGAAUAACAUUUCCACUGAUCCGCUCACUACAGCUUUACUUUAUAAACAUAAUCCAAAUAUUUAAAUAAAAUUUGUUUUUUAAAUAUUUAUAAUAAUAAUUGGCUUUGGUAGUGUAGGUUUUUUUUUUUUUAAUUAAAAUUGUGAUCAGAUUAUUUUUUAUUUUUUAAACACACUUUCAGGAGAAGAUGUGUGUGUGUGUGAGCGUGUGUGAGCGUGUGUGUGUGUGUGUGUGUUUCUCUCCUGCCCCUCAGCCCCUCAGACAUCUUCCUCCUCCCACAGUCCCACUUCCUGUAGAGUUUUUACCUGAUGCUCUUCGUGUAUUAGCCGAUCGUUCCGUCCUGUUUAACUGCACACCAUCUGCUAACCACCACUCUGCCAUCAGACAUACAAAUAAAUAAAUAAACACAAAUAAAUAAACCGAAUCUCAGAAGGCUCUGUCAGCGCAGGACAGAAACUCCAACACCUUCUGCUCCUCAAGUUUAGAAGAUAAUUCCUCGUAUAAUUUGAAACUUUGGGGUGGAGUCGUAUGACGAGAGAGGAACAUCUACAGGAGAUAGAGAGGAACAUCUACAGGAGAUAGAGAGGAACAUCUACAGGAGAUAGAGAGGAACAUCUACAGGAGAUAGAGAGGAACAUCUACAGGAGAUAGAGAGGAACAUCUACAGGAGAUGGAGGAGAACACAGCAGAUACCACCAUAUAAUCAGACUAAACAGUGUAUGGUCCUCUCGCUCCACCCGCUGGUCACAAACCUGUAAUCAGACACACCACAUCCAAUCAUUCGCAGUACUGUUACAAUGGGGAUGGGAUCUUCGCUCGAUCAUUUCCGCACAAAAUACAACGACUUUCCGAAAAAUAUCUUCUACACUGUGCUUUAGAAAUAAAUCUAAUCUAAUAAAGUGCGACUCUGCUCACGUCACCGCUGUAUUCACACCGAAACGAGUCGAUAAACACGGAUAUCUCCAGGAAGCAGGAACUCCAAAGUUCUGCUGACUUUUACAAAUCUAACGAAUCUGAUUAUUCCAGUGGAACACGUCACAUACCGCCACUUUAAGUCGAGUUCAGGUUUAUUCGGGCGAUGAAGCAUUAAAGCUCACGUCCAGUUCACGCUAAAUAUUUUUCGAAAUCAUCUGUAGCGUGUCCGACGGGACCGCAGUGCCACAGUCCUGAGGAUCGUCACGGCGGAUUCGGGACGACGGUAUCGCGGCCUCACCGCCGUAUCGCCUUUUUUCCCCCGUAAUAACUUGUCCUUGAGAAAAUAAAAGCAGCGUUAAUGUGAGGAAGAAAAACACACACGUGGUGGAAAUAUCAGUCAUAGCUCACAUUCCCGCGACUAAUCACCAACAUUCCUCACAUCUCUCUCCACCAUUCAGCCCCAAAAAUAUCAACCUUCUGCUUUUCUCUGGACUCUUUUAAUUAUCCGCAAAAACAAAAAACAGAAUGAAAUCAAUUGAACUUUAAAGAAAGCAUUCCUCUCAUUCUCCACAUUACUGCUGCACUCCAACCAACCUGCCUUUAUUUUCACACUCGCUCGAUCGCUCGCUCACGCCGCACUCGCACAGAGAAUCUUCACCUUCAGAACAAUCGUUGAUCGUAUCGGAGAAAUCGCCGCUGAACAUCCAACACUGCAAUCACUCACAGAUACAGAGCUGCGUCCUCUGACUUUAUAGAAUAUACAGAUAUAUAAGAGAGAAUUUAUCAGCAGCUGUGUUACACACACACACACACACACCCCGUCGGUUCUGAGGUUAAGUGUUGAAGUUAAACUCCUCCCUGAUCUCAGUACAGUGAGUUCAUUUUCUCCCGAUGUCGUUAGAGACUCGGACUCUUUCCCUCUCCGUCACAUCGUUCCCUCGAUUCUGUGAUUUUUAUUAAAAACCAAUAAAAAGGAUUUUAAUUGAUAGAAAUGAGAUGAAAUCCUCACAGCGAUCUGGACGUAAACUUUCACUUUAACCUCCCUUUAUUCCAUCAGAUUGGAGAGAAAUCCCGCCAACUCCCAGAAUUCAGUGCAGCUGCACAUGCCAAGUGAAGCACUAAAGCACCGCCGCAGCACUCUCUGUAGUCAGAGAUGAAGCGAGGGAUCGUGGGUAACGUGGGAAAUCUGUAGUGAUGAAAGAAAGAAAGAAAUCUUUCCGCUUGUUUAAAAUCCUGAGGUGUUACGGUAUCGUGAAUACGCACUCAGGGCGGAGUUUAACAUAAAAAAAAACAGACAGAACCUCGCGGCAUCCAGUGUGCGAAACGUGAGAAACAUUCUGCCGCGUGAGAGACGAGUCUGAGAGACAGCGGUGUCGGGUCCGAGCUGGUCAUGUAGCAGAUUUUUUGUAAACGUGUGUCUUCAGACGCUCUGAGCCUCUCACUGGUCCGAACACGUCCACCUGCACUGUGCGACUUUUACUACGUGCUUUUGGUCACGUGCGCUGUAUCUACGCUGGGCUGCUAACGCUAAUGCUAACGCUAAUCUCAGCUGCCUGAAGCUUCCAAGCUGAUCGAGUGUAUUCCUGAUAUUUUUUUCCCUUUAAUUUUAUUUCAAUAGCAAGAAAACACAUGAACAGUGUAAGAGGUGAACUUAUUAUUAUUAUUAUUAUUAAUAUUGUUAUUAUUAUUAUUGUUGUUGUUGUUGUUGUUGUUGUAAACACCAAAGAGCAUCAGCGUGUCCGUGCAACACGUCUUCACCUGAAUUUUUUUAUUUAUUUUUUUCGGCCGAAGUUUAAACACGAAACAUCAGAAUCUCCUCAUAUUUACAGAGACCAAAAAAAAACAACAACACGAAACCCUGAUUAUUUAUUCAUUUUAUAAAAAAUAUAAAAAUCAGACAGAAAGAAAGAAAAAAAUCCAACCCGACACCUGUGCAGUGAUUUAGGAGAAAAAAGAAAACGAAGAAACAUUUCUGAACUCGUUAGCGUGCAUUCAGUCAGUUCUGAGCCGACCGGGUUUCCUCCAAAAAUAAAUAAAUUUAAAUAAAUAAAUAAUAAACUCUAAUGCACUGGAUUAGUGGAAUGAAUUAGUCUGGCUUUUAUUUUCUUCUGAAUAUUUUUGUAAAAGCUGUUUUUUUGAUAAAUUAAAAAAGGACCAAGCUGUUUAUUUGUUUGCACAUUACUUUUAUUAUUCUUGUUAUUAUUAUUAUUAUUAUUAUUAUUAUUAUUAUUAUUAUUAUUAUUAUUAUUAUCGUUGAUUUUUUUUUCCUGUUUUCUCACAGACGCACGAAUUGAAAAACACAUCAUGUUCGAAACUCUAGUGCCUGCUUCCACGCAUGAAUUCGUAUUUUACUGCAUCUAGCAUGAGUUCGCUCAGUCUUACACACACACACACACACACACACACACAGCGACACGUACGCAACAACAAACAAAAAACAAUCAUGAGCGAUAAGCGUGCGCGUCGUCAUGACGACCUAAAGGACCAAACCUUCCCUCUUUUGUUUGUUUGUUUGUUUGUUUGUUUCCUGUGAGGUAAAAAAUCCAUGACUUUUAUUCUGUAGUGUAAAUACGUGGGGUGGAAAACGUUGCUAUCAGAGUAGAAUGUAAAGCCGGUGGUCAUUAGAUAAAGGCAAUAUUAUGGUGAAGCAUGAGCUCAUUUAGAGUUAAUUUAGCAUACAUGAGUUAGCUAAUAUCUGUCCGCAUAUAUAUAUAUAUAUAUAUAUAUAUAUAUUUAUACACACACACACACACACACGCAUAUCUAUAUCUAUAUCUAUAUAUCUCUAUCUCUACAUAUACACAUAUAUAUUUCUCUCCAUCUUUCCCCUCUUAGCAUCAUCACUUCCUGUGUUAAAGGUCAUGUAGAGGACAGUGCUGUAAAUUUUUUUUUUUUUUUGGCUGACUGACCCCCACACACACAUGUAGACGAGCAUUUUACACCUCCCUCACUUUCCUUCCUUCCUUCUUUCCUUCCUUCUUCUUUUCUUCCUCAUGCUGAAGGUUUAUUCUGUAAGGAGUGAAACAGUCGCGAGGAAAAGAUUCGACUUCAGAGAAAUAAAGAAACACAUAAAUAAUAAUAAAAAAAAUUAACUAAGCAACCCUAAAUUAUAUGCUGCAGUUCAAUUGAAAAAAAAAUUUUAUUUAAUUUUUUAUAAUUUUUUAUUUGUUUUUAAAUCUUUCUUGUUGUUGAAGUGUGUUUGGUUCGUGACGACUGCUGUUCCAGCUGCGAGCUCGGGUUCCUUACGUGUUUCUCCUGUUGGGUUUUUUUGGUUGUUGCAACGUGUGUGUGUGUGUGUGUGUGUGUACACAAACGAUUUUUUUUUUUAAUAUACUUUUGACUUGUCAAACACUGGACUAAAGUGAGACACAAACAAGCAGCACAGGACAUGGCGUCACUGCGUCCGUCACGUCACCAAACGUCCACCAAAAAAAAACAAAAAUAUAAUAAAUCAGUAAUAAAGUCCGAUUUGUGACCGAAGGCACGUGCUGAUGAUCAGGACAGCGACAUCAUCAUUCACACCUUCAGACUUUACUGAGCGUGCCUUCUGCCAAAAACAACGAAAACACGAUCCUGUCCACUCCCAAAAUCACCGAUUUUUUAUUUUUAAAAAAACAAAACGAUUUUUUUCAUUUAUUUAUUUAUUUAUCUCACCAUCCCAUUUAAACAUGUGGAUUUCCUUCAGCAUAUUUUUGACCCCAUGAUCAUAGAGAUAAAUAUCCGGUGAAAUAUGAGUGCCGAGUUUCAGCACGUGCCCGACGUCUUACACCCAAAAAUAUUAAAAAAAAGAAAAAAAACAAAGAAGGGAAACCACUUAAACUAGCAAAUUUUCCGAAACCACUAAAAGUCGUCUCACGCUCUUUAUCGCAAAACGCUCUUCUUCUUCUUCUUCUUCUUCUUCUUCUUCUUCUUCUUCUUCAUCAAAACAACGACGACAACGACAUAACCCCCGACUGCCACUUUUCCAAAAAAAUCAACAAAAAACAACGAGAAAAAAAGAGAUUUGCACUAAAGUCGGUCUUCUUGGAUAAACAGCAAUACGUAGAGAGCAGAGGACAGAGUCUGCCGGUGAGGCCGCUGUGCACUCGCACCGUGCUGCGUGUCCGAGAGAGAGCUGAGAAAGAGGGUCUUUUCUUUUAAAGAUAUAAAAUAUAUAUAUAUAUAUACAAAAAAAAAAGAGAAAAAGGUGCGUGACACGUGACGUCCUCGAGGCUCGCUCACGCCGGCGUCGGAUUCGUGCAAAAGAGGCGGAGAGGGCGGGGCGCGUUCCAACUUUAGUACUUCCGGUUUCCUCGUGUGAUCGUUUUAGGGGGAAAGAAAUAAAAGAGAAAAAAAAACAAGUGGUGGAAAAAAAACUGAGAUCCAGAGAUCCGUCCCGGAAAAACGGCGCCAGAAAUUUAAAAUACGGCGACGUUCGCAGCUCUUUCUCUCUCUGUCCUCGGAUCUGUUCGCUACACAGUGAUGUAAAGGCGUCGUGUGGUCAGUAGAUGGACUCUUCCUUCCUUCCUCCUGUUCGUCGUCGUCAUGCUCGUCGUUGUGUUCGUCACUGGGUUUUUGUCGCCGCUGCGGUUGUCACGCGGUCACCAGAAGCAAAGGCGCCGUCUUCCCGGGACACAAAAAAGAGAGAGAGAGAGAGAGAGAGAGAAUAAAAAAACAACCUUUUGAAUCAGAGUGUAAUCAGUGUAAAGCCUGUUUAUAGGAAACACGAUUUCCUGCUUUUCCGCGCGCGACCGUGCCGAGUCUCGCGCGCGCAAACAGGCCGGGAAAAUUAGCCGUAAAGGAAACGGAUCGAAUCCACUUCCUCUUUCCUUUACGGUGAAUGAUUUUCUCUACGCUCGUUAAUUAAUAAUCGAUAGCAAUCAUAAAUAGUGAUGAAUUUUUUUGGAUUUUGUCAGAACUCUAGUGGCUUUAAUGUGAUAAGCGCUUCGUGGUGUUUAUUGAAAGGUGUCGCAAAAAAAAAUGAAAAAAAUAAAAAAAAAACAGUCAAUAAAUAACUGAGUAAAUAAAUAAAAGGUGUUCACGUCUCCAAAUCGUCGCGUGUUAGAGGAAGCAUAAGUAUGUGCCUUCAAUGUGAUCUUUCUUGGUGAGCUUGUUAUUCUCCAGAAGCUGAAGCCAGCGAUUGUGUUUGCACUAAAAACCAAAACCGCUUUGUCGUGAUGUAGGUGAUUUAAAGCGAGCUUUGUCGCGUCACUUUAACCGUGUGCAUGAGGGU